GUAAAUUUUGUAACAUCUGUGGCUCCUUACACACAUUUCUAUUUCUAUGAUGUAAAACUUGUUAUUGCCAAGAAUUUUCUUAAAAUAACUCCACGUGAAUAUAAGAAGACAUCUAGCUAGUGAAUAUGAGCAACAACACACUCAACUAUCGGAAUGCAGUAAUACUUGCACCCAUGGUGAGAAUUGGAACACUACCUAUGAGAAUGCUGUCGCUGGACUAUGGUGCUGACAUUGUAUAUGGUGAGGAGCUGAUUGAUCAUAAGAUGUUGCAAUGCACAAGAACAGUUAAUGAACUGCUUGGAACUAUAGACUUUGUCCAGGAAGAUGGAUCUGUUGUCUUCCGAACAUGUGAAAAAGAGGCAAACCAAGUUGUCUUUCAAAUGGGAACAUCUGAUGCUGCCAGAUCUUUGAAAGUUGCAAAACUAGUGGAGAAUGAUGUUGCUGCAAUUGACAUCAACAUGGGUUGUCCAAAGGAGUUCUCCAUCAAGGGAGGCAUGGGUGCUGCACUUUUAUCUCAACCUGACAAGGUUCGGCAGAUUCUUACGACUCUGGUGGAAAAUGUGCGGAAACCUGUCACAUGCAAGAUCAGGCUAUGUCCAACACUGGAAGAAACGCUACAUUUCUGCCACCUAGUGGAGAGCUGUGGAGUAGCAGCAGUCGCUAUUCAUGGUCGGCGCAAGGAGGAGCGGCCAAGGCAUGCCAAUCACAAUGACAUCAUCAGGGAAAUAGCCCAUCAGAUCAGCAUACCUGUGAUAGCAAAUGGUGGGUCAAUGGAUAUCUCUAGCAAUGCAGAUGUGGAGAGAUUUCGCAGUGAAACUGGUUGCAGCUCUGUGAUGCUAGCACGAUCUGCUCAGUGGAAUGCUUCCAUAUUUAGAAAGGAUGGCAUUCUUCCGACCAAUGAUGUUAUUCGUGCGUAUUUGAAAUAUGCAGUUGACUAUGACAACACAUACGAGAACAGCAAGUACUGCAUCCAGCAGAUUCUGCAUGAGCAACUGCAGACAAGCCUCGGCUUCAGCUUCAAGGCAACCAAGUCGAUGGCCGACAUCUGCCAGCUGUGGGACAUGGAAGGUUACCUGCGUGACGUGACGGCAGCGAGGAAGCAGAUGGAGACGAGCCUGAAGCGACUGCAUGCGGCGAGCGAGGCGGAUGAUGGCGGCAGGAAGCACCUGAAGGCCGCGGCAGACGAUGACAACGACAACCACGUCCAGAUGCGCGUGAAGUUUGUGAGGAGUGACUUCAGAGAAGACAAGCUGCCAAAGACUUUGCUGCUAGAGUGGCGGCGGCGGGUGAGGCAGCCACCGGCACCGUUCCAUACCGAGGAGAGGCCGAGUGAUCGUCAGUUCAGAUCAACUGUUGAACUUGAUGGCAAAAAGUAUUCAUCAUCCCUCUGGGCCAAGAGCAAGAAAUACGCUGAGCAUGCCGCAGCCAUAGUAUGCUUGCGCCACCUAGGGGUACUAAGUGAAACUGUGAGCAGUGAACAGGAUACUGUAGAAUCUAAUGGGUGUGUGAUCAGCACAGAGAGCUGUCAUGCUAUCGAGGAUGUAUAAUCCUACUAACACCGCUUAAAUAACGAGUUUAAUAUAUAUUGCCAGUUCUCACCAAGGUUGCCGAGUUCUACCAGUUUGGUUGUUUAGUUACAAGAUGAAUUAUGAAUCCAUACUAACAAUAUACAUACAAAUAGGUUCGUGGUUAUAGCAAUACAAGUACUGGUGCUUCCCCCUGUGCUAAUCAAGUAUAAUGAGCGUUUAUUUACACUUGAAGAUAGGUUUAAAUGUUCAAUGCAAUAUGUAUUAUGUGUGCCAUUCUAUAUUGAGACUACACAUACAAAUAGGUUCGUUGCUUCCCCCUGUGCUAAGCAAGUGUAAAGAGCCAUUUUGUAUACACUUUGCUGAGGAUGUAGUUUGUGACAUUGUUGGACCAUUUCAGUAAUAAAAUGUAUGUAAUUAAACACGAA